GCCGGCGCCCCGCCUGCCCGGCCAGACCAUCCCGCGGGAGAAGGCGCCGCCGGCAGAGGACCCGUUCUCGCGCGUGGCGCGCCUCUUCAAGGCAGACAUGCGCUUCCUGUGGGAGGGACACCAAAGCCGCACCCACUACCCGUCCCACUGCGACGUCUGCAUCAUCGGCGGCGGCAUCAUGGGCUCGGCCAUCGCCUUCUGGCUGAAGCUGCGCGCCGGCCCGGCGGUACAGGUGGUGGUCGUGGAGCGCGACUCGACGUACCGGACGGCGUCCACGCCGCUCUCGGUCGGCGGGCUGCGCCAGCAGUUCUCACUGCCCGAGAACAUCCAGAUGUCCAUGUUCUCGGCGCAGUUCCUGCGCAACGUGAACCGCUUCCUGGCGGUGGAGGGCGAGGAGCCGCCGGACGUGCAGUUCCACCCGCAGGGGUACCUGAUGUGCGCCGCGCCCGACCGGGCCGCCCGGCUGGAGGAGAACUACCGCACCCAGAUUGAGAACGGCGCCAAGGUGGAGCUGAUGACGCCGGCCCGGAUGAAGGAGCGCUUCCCCUGGGUCAACACGGACGGCGUGGCGCUCGCGUGCCACGGCCAGGAGAACGAGGGAUGGUUUGACCCGCACUUGCUUCUGCGGGCGUUCCGACGCAAGGCCACACACAUGGGGGUCGAGUAUGUGGAGGGCGAGGCGGCCGGCUUCGAGUCCAGAUACGUGGCGAACAUGCAGGUCGCGGGCAGGCAGUCGGUGGCGGGGGGCAACUACGUCCUGGACCGGGUGGUGGUGCGGCAGGCCGACGGUGAGGUGAAGACGGUGAAGGCGGCCGUGUUCGUGACGGCAGCCGGCGCCAACACGGCCGAGGUGGCCCGCCUGGCCGGCAUCGGCGAGGGCGAGGGCCUUCUGGCCAUGCCCGUACCCGUCGAGCCCAGGAAGCGGUACGUCUACUUCUACCACUCGCCGGACGGCCCGGGCCUCGACUGCCCGCUGCUGGUGGACCCCACGGGCACGUACUUCCGGCGCGAGGGGCUCGGUGGCCACUACAUCUGCGGGAAGUCUCCCACAGGAGCGGUCGACGACCCGGAGCCGGACACUGGUGACUUGGAGGUGGACCACGGCUACUUCCAGUCGCACAUCUGGGCCAACCUGGCGGCGCGUGUGCCUUCGUUCGAGAACCUCAAGGUGAAGAGCUCGUGGGCGGGUUUCUACGACUACAACACGCUGGACCAGAACGCCAUCAUCGGACCGCAUCCGUACCACCACAACAUGUUCCUGGCCACCGGCUUCAGCGGACACGGUAUCCAGCAGGCGCCGGCGGUGGGACGCGCCAUCUCCGAGCACAUCCUGGAUGGGGAGUUCCGCACCAUCGACCUCACCCGAAUGGGAUUCAAGCGCGUGCUGGAGAACAAGCCGCUGCUGGAGCAGAACAUCGUGUGACGACAGCCGCCGAGGCGGUACGCGGGGCUGGCGGGCGGGGGUGGGACGGUACGCACUCGUAAGGGAUCUGGGACAGCUCCGGGAAGGGCACCCCAGAGGCGGAUGGGAGACCCAGCGGGCGGCGAUGUAGGCGGCAGACGGGUGGGACGCCCGGCCAGGCCGGCCCGGUGCGGAGGCUGGGUGGGACCUCCGGCCGCGCGCCCAGCCGUAGUCACGUGCUAGGGUGGCUCUUGUGCUCAAGAUGAGCCCACCUCGGCCCGAGCGGGGAGAGCUGUGCCACCAGCAGCGCGGCAGGUCGCUGUGGUGCGCCAGGCUGCUGUGCCAGUUGUUACCUUUCUAGUUCUUGACAAACUUAG